CUGGGUGUGGCAGCGGUCUUGCUCAAGGCGGGUGCGGACCCGGCUCGUGCCAAUGACGACGACGUAACGCCCCUCAUGGCGGCGGCCAGUGGCGGCCACCAACACGUGCUGCAGCUGCUGCUGAGGACGCUUCAGGACCGUACCGGUGCUGCUGCUGCUGCUGCCGAUAACCUCGGAAGCAACACCGUCCUUGCUGCAAUUGCCGCCGCUGACGCCAACGGCAGCACCGCGCCUCACUACGCUGCCCGACGGGGCAGUAGCAGCUGUCUGGGUCUGCUACUGGAGGCCGUAGCAGCGGCAGAAGCACCCCCUGUUGCUACUGCGGAGGAGAAAGCAGCCGCUGGGGUGGCGGGAGCUGUAGCGGCCGUAUCUGAGUCUCUGCUGCAACAGCUGUUGCGUCGCCGGAAUACAGGCGGUCGCGACGUGCUUGCAGAGGCACGACUGUCAGGGAACGCACCAACCGUGCAGCUCGUCCAACAACAACUGGUCAUUAUGGACCUCGCGAGGGGCUUAACGGGAAGUCAAGCCAGCAAGACUGCCAAGAGCAACAGCAAUGCGGGCGCCAGCAGCAGCAGCAGCGGCAGCAACAGCAGCUCCCCUGCUGCUCCCGCUGCCGGAGGCGGCGGCGGUAUGUCCGCAGCUGCUGGCGGCAGCGUCAAGGCCCCAAGUAGCGGCGGCAAAGGCGGCAGCAAGAGCACGGACAAGGGGGGCAGCUCGAAGCUUCUUGGCAAUGGAGGCGUUGUCGGCGCCAAGGCGGAAGCAAGGGCCACCCCAAAGGAAGCAAGGGCCGAGGAGGGUGAGAAGGCAGGCAAGGUUGCGUGUGCUGAGGAGGCCUCAGGAGGCUUGGGUGAGGAGGCGGGGGCCUCGGGUCCACCCGUGUCAAGGAGCGGGGAGGCUGGGCAGCAGCAGCAGCAGCAGCCACCCAACAGUGCCGAAAGCAGCGCCAGCAGGAGUGAUGCCAGUGGGGCACCAGGCAGCAGUGGAGGCGGGGAUGGCGGCAGCGAGGAGGGCAGUGGAGGAGCGAAUGAGGCGGCGGGAGGAGCGGCAGCGCUGUUGCCGGAGGCGGCACGGGUGCCUGCUACCGGUACCGGCACCUCGACCUCCAGUCGAACACCAGCCGGGCAGCAACAGAAGCCCAAACAGCAGCAGCAGCAACAACAUCAAAAGGAACAACAGCCCCGUCAGCAGCAGCCGGAGCAAAAGCUGGAGCGACAGCAGCAGCAACCGGCUACAGGGCCCCAGCAGCAGCCAUCCAACUCCAACGCGAGUGGUUGGAGGGCCGCAGUGCUGCGCGCCACGCCCCCUUCAUCCCACCCAUCAUCAAGCGCCCCAUCAGCCACCACCACCACCACCACUACCAAACAGCAGCACAGCAACGCCAGUCGCCAACCCAAGGCUGAUGCCGCCAGCCCGGCAGCUGCUGCAGCAGUGCCCCCAGCAACAACAGCAGCAGCACCUGCUGUUGCUGCUACUGCAGCUAAACCGGGUGCAAGCGGUGCUGGCAAGGCAGCCGCAGGGACGGCUGCUGCUGCUGGAGCAGGAGGGAAGUUCCCAUUAGCAGCAGCAAGAGCAGCAGCAGCUACUAAAGGAGCGCCGUCGGUUGGAGUAUCAGCGGCGGCAGCAUCAGCGGUGGCAGCGCCUGCUACGGGCUCUGCCUCUUCGGUGCCUUCUGAUGCAGCUGCAAACACAGCUGUGGCAGAGGCUGCAGCAGUGAUGGGUGAUGCGGGAAAGCAGG